UUGUCCAUCACACGGGUCACAGGAAGAAGAAGGAGGAAGAAGAAUACAACUCGGAAAACAGUUUUGAUAUUUCCACUGACCUUUUAUUGGACGUCCAUUUUCAUCCCAGAAGGAACGCUCAUUUGAAUUUCUUAAAGAUGUGUACAGGAAAGUGCGCCAAAUGCAUAGCGGUGGUUCUGUAUCCACUGGCACUGAUAUCGAUCAUUUGCAACAUUCUUCUGUUCUUCCCUGACUGGGACUCAAAAUAUGCUCAGAAUGAUGAUGCGGGUAAAGAAAGACUUACGCCAGAGGUCAAAUUCAUGGGGGGAUUGCUUGGUGGUGGUAUCAUGGUGCUUGUACCAGCCAUCCAUAUUCACUUGACUUCGAAGGCAGGCUGCUGUGCCAACCGUUGUGGGAUGUUUCUGUCCAUUGGAUUUGCCCUGCUCGGCUGCUGUGGCGCUCUGUACAGCUUGAGUGUGGCGGCCGUAGGCCUGUCCAGAGGCCCUGUUUGCCGUACCCUUUUAGGAGGAUGGACCAGGCCAUUUGACAAUAAUGGGACGUACCUGUCCGAACCAGACCUCUGGAACUUGGUGUGUCUUGAACCUAAAAAUGUUGUGGAGUUCAACGUUGCCCUGUUCGCAACCCUCUUGGCUACUGCUUGCCUGGAGCUGGGCCUGUGUGGCUUCCAGAUGGUCAACGGUCUCUUUGGUUGCCUCUGUGGCACAUGUAGAGGCAAAGAGGACGAAUGAAGGAAAGGUGAAGAACCCUAACAAGACACAUUUCACCCAAAAGAUGUGACUGAAUGACUGACAGCGGAGGCUUCAAGACAGUGACUGUACGACACUUUUUAGUAAAUUAUACUUGACAGCCUAAUUGUGCUCAUUAUAUUGUGCAUGUACGAAAUGUAAAGUUGUUGGAUCCAUUUUUGUAUAUUUAUAUUUCCUGUCUAUUUGAAUUCAGAAUGUGCCACUGUCAGAUCUCAGUGUGGCCUCAAUUUGAAGAGGUUGGUUUAAAAAACGCUAGGCUAUAUCCUCCAUUUUGAUGCAUUUUCAUUAAGCUUUUUUCCCUUUACAUUUAGUUUUUC